AUGAGCGCAGAAAAAGAAGCAGACUCGUCGUCUGCGCCCUCCACCAUCGACGACCACCGCCAAAGACUCCAGGAUGAGAUUGCUGCCAUGACCGAGGAGGAAUACCUGGCGGCAGACAAGAAACUUGUCGCUAAAUGUGACCGGAAUCUGGUCCCAUUCAUGUGUCUUCUCUUCACAAUGUCCUUCCUUGACCGAAUCAACAUCGGCACGGCUAAACUCGCCGGUCUCAACACUGAUCUGGGGCUCACUUCUCUCCAGUAUAAUACUGCAUCUAUGAUCUUCUUUGUCAGCUAUGUGGCGUUUGAAGUCCCAUCGAAUCUUGUGCUCAAGCGCUUUCGCCCAUCAAGAUGGAUUCCGUUGAUCAUGAUUGUUUGGUCAUUCUUCCAGAUCUUCAUGGGCUUUGUGACGAACUAUCACCAGCUCCUGGCUAUGAGAUUUUGCCUUGGUCUCGCCGAAAGUGGACUUUUCCCUGGUAUCUCGUUCUUCCUCGCAGGCUGGUACAAGCGCCGGGAAAUAGCCAAACGUAUAUCCCUGUUUUUUGCGGGGGCCGUUCUGGCAGGCGCAUUCGGUGGCAUCUUUGGAUACGCUCUAUCCCGUAUGGACGGCAUUGGCGGAAAAGCGGGCUGGUCUUGGAUCUUUAUCAUCGAAGGUCUCAUGUCCUUUGUUGUGGGCAUCGCCGCGAUCUUUAUGGUGCACGACUGGCCCGACAGGGCGAAAUUCUUGACGCCUCUCGAGAGGGAGAUGGUCUUUUUGAGGUUGAAGGAUGACGUGGGUAUCAUGCAGGAGGGACAAUUCAGCUGGAAGGUCAUCAGGAGGGCCAUCACGGACUGGAAGACGAUUUGCUUCAUGCUCAUGUACAUUGGGUGUGCUGAGCCCAUCUACAGUCAAUCUCUGUUCUCUCCCACUAUCAUAUCUUCCCUCGGCACCUACACAACACCCCAGUCUCUCCUUCUUUCCACCCCUCCCUAUGUUCUGACAUUCAUUACCACCAUGGUCACCGCCUAUUUCAGUGAUCGCACUGGAUUGAGAGGCUUCUUCCUGAUGUUUUGGAGUGGUAUCGCCGCGAUCGGCUACCUCCUAUUCCUGACUAUCCCACACACUCAUCCCGGAGCACUAUACUUUGCCGUCUUUUUGAGUACUUGUGCUAUCGGGCCCUGCAUCGCGGGUGUCAUUUCUUGGUCUGCGGGAACUUUCGGCAACCACUAUAAACGAGCCACGUCAAUGGGCUUUAUAUUCUCUCUCGGAAACUCUGGCGGCAUCAUCUCCUCUCAAGUAUACCGCUCCCAAGACACUCCGCGCUACCUUGUCGGUCACGGUGUGACUUUUGGCUUUACUGUGAUAUGUUUCAUCUCUUCUGUGGUCAUGUACCUUGGGCUCAGGAGGGAGAACAGGAGGCGAGAAAAGUUGUAUGGGCCCGCACCGGCACCGGGAAACCACCACGAGUGGGACAGUGAGGAGGGCAAGAAGAAGUGGGGGCUGGAGGGAUUGAGUAGGGAGGAGGUCGUCGAUCUGGGAGAUGACCAUCCUGCUCAUAGGUUCAUCUUGUAA